AUCAAAAGGAAUAACCAUAAGGUAUACAAUUUGACUACAAAAAAGCAUAUUCCUAUCUUGAUCAUCUUCAUAAUUUAUAUAAGUAGAAGCCACACAAAACCACAUCAAUCAGAACAAAACUUUUCGCAAAAAAACCCAUUUCAAUGGCCCUCUUAGGAACAAUCCCUUUCUGUGACAGAAGUUCAUUUUUUCUCAAAAACCCAACAAUUAUUCUCAAAACCCCGAUAAGAACCACAUUUGAUUACCUCCAAUUUGUCCCUUCAAGCACAAAGAUCAUCCACUCAUCUCUAACCCAACCAGUAGUCCCCAAAGAACAAACCAACAUAUCACUUCAACCCCAUUUGCCUAUCUUCCAAUUCGAGCAAUAUAUGAAAGAGAAGGCAAAAAUUGUUAAUGAAGCACUAGAAGAGGCCGUCCCUCUGCAACAUCCGGUGGAAGUUCAUAAGGCAAUGAGAUAUUCUCUUUUAGCCGGUGGGAAACGAAUACGUCCAAUUCUAUGCUUAGCUUCAUGUGAAUUAGUAGGAGGAGAUGAGUCUCUAGCUAUCCCAGCUGCUUGUGCUGUGGAAAUGAUUCACACCAUGUCACUAAUUCAUGAUGAUCUCCCAUGCAUGGAUAACGAUGAUCUUCGACGUGGAAAACCAACGAACCACAAGGUUUUCGGUGAAGAAACCGCCAUCCUUGCCGGUGAUGCUCUUCUCUCUCUUUCAUUUGAGUACAUAGCAAACAAAACGACAAAAGUUUCAGCCAACCGUGUGGUUCGAUCAAUCGUUGAGCUUGGUUCAGCUGUCGGCUCAACAGGACUCGUGGCUGGGCAAAUUUUGGACCUUUAUGGGGAGGGAAAAGAUGUGAGUUUGAGAGAGUUGGAACAAAUCCAUGUCCAUAAGACUGCAAAGUUACUUGAGGCCGCUGUAGUUUGCGGGGCUAUAAUUGGAGGAGGGAAUGAGAUGGAGAUUGAGAGGGUGAGGAAAUAUGCUCGGUGCAUAGGGUUGUUGUUUCAAGUUGUGGAUGAUAUUUUGGAUGUGACAAAAUCAUCAGAGGAGUUGGGAAAGACGGCUGGGAAAGAUUUGGUAACAGAUAAAGCUACUUAUCCAAAGCUCAUGGGUGUUGAAGGUGCAAGAAAAUUUGCAGCAACAUUGCUGGAUAAAGCUUUGGAGGAGAUUGCUCAUUUUGAUACCUUAAAGGCUGCUCCUUUAUAUUAUUUGGCUGUUUAUAUUGCCAAUCGCCAAAACUAGUACUCUUUUUGUUAAAUUUUGUUUGGUCUUACUUUAAGUAUAUAUAUAUGAAUAUGUACUAUCGCAUGAAUACCAGUUUUCUAUUCGUUAAGUACAUAUAUGGAUAAAUUGUAAAACAUAACCAUAAGUUUAAUUACAAAUAUUCCGUCUAUAUCUAUAUAAUGUAUAUUUCUGUUUGUAUUUUACUAUGUCAUUGCAAUAAUGGUUAUUUCGUCAAAGGUAAAUGUUCUUA